UACAUAACAUUCGUCCAAUAGGAUGCAGUAUAUCGGGAAAAAGACGCGAAGUAAUUUAUUUAAAUAGAAUCUGCUUGUUAAGAUACUGCGCAUGAAAUUCCAGCUUGGUGGUCUGGAAGCCAGUUUGCUUGUGCAGUGUAUGUACUUUCUAAAAGGAUCAGCUUAACUGGGGAACAGUCACCUUCUCAAAUUUGCUUCAAAGCACUCCUUGACACGGGGAUGGCUAAUGGAAGUGAGCGGAUGGUGAAAAUGUUGGAUUUCUCCAGCUGUGGCGAGGAGGACAGUAGUGACAGCAGUUUGGAUGAAUGGAUCAGCGCUCCAAAGAGUCCACACUCUGUAUGCAGGACUCCAAGAGUGCAGCGUCAUCACACCAGAGGCAUCCUCAUAUCCCCGUCCAUGCCAGCUUCACCAACCACCCCGAUUCCUUAUGCCGCCUGGAGAAAACUCCGGCUCUGUGACUCCCCAAGUACUCCCAAAAGUCUGCUGUCCAAGUCUUCCCUGCCCACUUCCAGCACCAAGAUACGCCGCAGUCAGAGGGCCCUACGCUUCACAUCUUUCACUGACCCCACCCAGCGUAGCUGUAUUCCGUCUGUCAACAUAAACCCCUUCACCCCUGACACGGUCCACAGGAACAGCAAGCACAACAAAAGGAAAAGUCGAAGGAGUGAUUACGACGACGAUGAUUAUGGACACAGAAUCAAUCCAAACCAUAUGUCGUCGUCGGAGGAUGAUGACGCAUUUCUCCCGCCGAAGAGGCAGGCUGUCCAAGCCUUCAUGCUGUCGAGGUAUGAUGGUGAGUUUCUGGAGCUAGGACGCCUUGGUGCGGGGGAAUUUGGAGCCGUGUACAAGUGUGUGAAGAGGCUAGACGGCUGCUUGUACGCCAUCAAACGCUCUCGCCGACCACUUGCAGGGUCUGCUAAUGAGCAGCUGGCCCUGAAGGAGGUGUAUGCACAUGCUGUGCUUGGGCAUCAUCCCCACGUAGUCCGCUAUUACUCAGCAUGGGCUGAGGAUGAUCACAUGAUCAUACAGAAUGAGUAUUGUGAUGGGGGGAGUCUCUAUGAUUCUAUGGUAGAAAAGGAGGCACGUGGCGAGCUGUUUUCUGAGCCUGAGUUGAGGGAUCUACUACUGCAAGUCUCCAUGGGUCUCAAGUACAUUCACAGCUCUUCCCUUGUGCACCUGGACAUCAAACCCAGUAAUAUUUUUAUCUGCCGACGCCCCAGUUCGAGCCUGAGUGGAGAGGGGGACAGUGACGAGGAGGAGGGAAGCCAUUCAACAGGGGUGGUUUAUAAAAUUGGUGACUUGGGCCACGUAACGUCCGUCAGCAGUCCACAGGUGGAGGAGGGGGACAGCCGCUUCCUUGCCAGUGAGGUCUUACAAGAGGACUACAGCAAUCUACCAAAGGCGGACAUAUUUGCGCUAGGGCUGACUUUGCUUCUGGCAGCUGGGUCGCCCCCUCUCCCUCAGAAUGGAGAUGAAUGGCACAGCCUCAGAAAGGCAAAUUUACCCAGCCUGCCCUUGGAGCUCUCAUCUGCUUUUAGAGGCCUAAUACAGACUAUGCUGGAUCCGGAGCCAUCUCAACGUCCCUCUGCAACUGCUCUAUGCAGACACCCUGUCUUAAAGGAGAGGUCUGGGAAGCUGGCUGCUCAACUACGCAGAGAACUCAACGUGGAGAAGUUCAGGACUGCCAUGUUGGAAAAGGAGCUGCAGGAGGCCCGUCUGGCAGCCCUGUCCCCACAGCAGUCCUUUCCCCCCAGGCUACAGCAACCCUCUGAAACGGGGUCCUUACCCAAAGCUGGGCAGAGGCUGGUCGGUAGGAAUGCUUCCCGGUCCAUGAGCUUCGGAUGCUCACAGUAUUGAGUUUGAAGAGUGUUCACGUGCCAUACCUCCUAGAAAGCCGAGCAUAUUCUGGUACCUCAUCACUGCAAAGUGUUUGAAGUGGACCCUGAUUCAAAAGGGAACUCUUAAACUGGCUA